ACAGACGCGAACCUGAUACCAUCGCGUCUGGUCACGCUCCACUUGUGCCUAGUGGUUUAAACAUGCAGGAGUAGAUUUACCACUAGUUAAUAAAGUGACGACGAAGAAGCACCAGCUACCUGUCAGUUCGCCCUGGAGUAAAUGUCCGCAACAUGACCCUGACAAAUAACUGGACUACGUGGGCAGUUUUAUUGCUUGGUGCUUCCACUUAUUCUACAGUACGCUGCACAGACAAUGAACACUGCUCAAAACCGACGUCAGCUAACGGAGAUCUGGAGGACUGUCUUCAUACAUCUAAGGAAGAUAUCACAUGGACAUCGUCAACCGACAAGGUAUCGGAGCCGUUACUGCCGGCACUCACACCCAGCCUGUUCUCCAAUGUCCCACCCUACAUCAACUUUAUAAUGCCUGGACAACAGAAAGAGCCACUUCCGGAGAACAUCCGGCGCCGUCUGUUCUGGUACGAGCCGGGUUCCCCAAUCAUCUCGGCCACGGCAAACCGGUCUGGGUACGCACUGACCAAAGAUGGCGGGCUGUGGUCAGGUUGUUACACUGGGUGUUAUCAACCCCACCAAACACACAUGUAUGCAUCCAUUCAACCCAGUCAAAAGUAUAACCACCUUCCCAACAACUGGGCCAUAGGCUGCAAGGACCGUCUUGCACACAGGAUGCGGAAAAUGAAACUAAAGCACGGCAAGAAGAACUUUAAUUUCCAUCCAUCGACCUACAUCAUCCCUGAUGAGAUGGACGCACUGAGGGUGGAAUUGGAUCUCGCCACAAAGGGGCAACUGUGGAUUUUAAAGCCGCCAUGUUUCCAUGGAGGCAGAGGCAUUGAAGUGAUACAGCGAUAUGAACAGAUUCCGAGGGAUCAAAGAAAUGUCAUACAAAGAUAUAUCACCAACCCAUAUCUCAUAGACGGGUAUAAAUUUGACUUGAGGAUCUAUGUCCAUAUUGCCAGUAUAGACCCGCUAAGAGUGUACAUUUACCCCGAUGGAAUAGUCAAGUUUGCUACCAAAAAAUUUACCACAGGGGACCUGGACGGUAUGAUCCAUCUGACCAAUAAUGAAAUCAACACAAAGAACCCGGAAUACACACUGGAUCACUCUCUGAAAACGGGACAUAAAUGGUCGAUCUCUACUCUCUGGGAGUAUCUGAAGAAGACGGACGGAAUCGACCACGAGCCAAUAUGGGAGAAAAUCAAAGACAUCGUAAUUAAGACAAUUAUCACUGGAGAGCCUGAGAUGUAUGACGGAGUACGGAAAUACUUAAAAAGCAAAUACAGCGGACAUGAACUGCUUGGCUUUGAUAUACUUCUGGACGAGAAUAUGGAUCCUUGGAUUCUGGAGGUCAACAUAGCACCUGGUAUUUUGGCACAUCCUGGUCACUUUCACCCGGUCAAUGACCCCAUGGCCAGGGACCUGUUGAAUAUAGCCGGAUUCAGAAUUCCUGGUGGUGCAGUCAAUGAAAGCGACGAAGAAAGUGGGUCUGACGUUCCUGACCACUUACUGCUGGGCGAACGGUGGUGGUCAAAUACGCUCUCUACCGUAGAACAAGCAAAACAGAAAUAUUAUUGUGAUAACCACAAGGACGAGAAUAUCGUAUCUACUAUCCUGGACAAUCUGACACCGGAUGACAUCCGGGUCCUCGUUGACACAAUAGACGAGAACAGCAGGCGGGGAGGAUUCGACAGGAUCUAUCCAAGAUUAGACACAGACAAAUAUUUCCAGUUCUUUGAGAGGCCGAGAUAUCACAACCUUCUUGUUCAUGAAUGGUUGAAAAAAUUCCGUAAAAACGAAGAGGAAGGAAUAGCUCUACUAGAAUCACAUUGUAAAGAGUCAAAACAUCUUUCAGACUAGCGCAUUGCAGUGCAGUCGACAUGGGGCGGUGUGAGUGGUGAUGCUUUGAAAAAAAAACUGCAUAUAGAAAUACAUCAUCCCAUAUCAUCUAUGAAUUAAACUUGCAUGCUAUCGUGUGAGAAGGAACAGAUCUCAUUUUAUAAGAGCCCUCAAGAAAAUGACUUGAGUUUAUGUGAAUGUUAUCCAUUUUGAAUGGACAUACAUUAAAGUAAUUUAUGUAGUGUUUUAAUGCGGCGUUUUUAAAAGAAUCUCAUUUCUUGUAAAAUAAUUUAUACAGUGUUUAAGCAAGUCGUCGUUUAAAGAAUAUCACUCAAAACUUGCGGAGAGUGUUUGUCGUUGCGGUAAAGUAAGCAUAACCCGACAGCGAGUUUUAGAUUCGAAAAAAAAAUCGAAUUUUUCAGCUACACAGUCAAUUGUCUCUAGGCCACGGCACCACUUAUGGGUACUUUCUAAGCAAGAUUAAUCGGUAAUCUUCCAAAAAUUAAUGAAAUAAAGGUAUAGGAAGUAUCGUA